UAAAUACUAGUUACUUAUUAUUUGAAUAAGAACUAGUUAUAGAAACAUUGGAUUGGAUAGACCGGACGCGGCUAGCUGUAUAUUUAAAUUCACGAAGCAAGCACCAUGUCAAGAGUCAUAGGGCUGGGCAAAACGGCGCUACGCAAAUACCCCCUGCUGACCAACACGGCUGUGUACGCCACCUUCUACACGGCGGCGGAACUGUCGCAACAGACCUUCAACAAAUAUAAUACGCCUGAAAAGCCGGAGAUAGACUUAGCAGCGGCGGCGCGCAUCGUGGCAGUCGGCAGCUGCGUCUACGCUCCUACCUUGUAUUAUUGGUAUAAGUUCCUAGACUCGAAGUUCGUAGGUAAAGCGAUGAAGACGGUGGCCACGAAGGUGGUGAUCGACCAGUUCACAAUGACCCCGGUCCUGCUAGCCAGCUUUUAUGUCAUACUCGGAUACCUAGAAGGCAGAGCCAACAUCUUCGAAGAGCUAAAAGAAAAGUACUGGAAGACUUUCAUCGCCAACCAGUGCUUCUGGAUCCCUGGUCAGACCAUCAACUUCUACUUCAUGCCUCCCCAGCUGCGGGUCGUCUACAUCUCAUCCGUUUCUUUCAUUUGGAUAAACGUGCUUUGCUUCAUCAAGAGACAGAAGAUGACCACCGGCAGUGAAAAGGAUCUAUGAGAAAGAAUUUAGCGGGAUAAUUUGAUGGGAUAAAAGUCUUUAGGUAUAAUUAGUUUAAUAUGGAAAAUGUUUCUCGCCUGUUUGCUGUAUUGCAUGUCUAAUGAAUUAUUAAUUAGUAAAGUAUACCUACAAAGGAAUUAGCCACCCACGUGGACUUUCAAGAACAUUCGAUUGACGGGCAUUUGUAUUUUUGAUGUUAUAUAUAGUAUUCAUAUUAGGUAGGUACCUGGUUAAGUACGUUUCUAUUAAUUAGUUUAAAUAGCAGGUCCUAUUUGU